AUGGGGACGGUGCAGGUGGAGGACACGGGGAGCGGAGGACACGGGGCCCUGCCGGCAUUUCGCCAUCGCACCGCGUCCCGGCUCAUCCCUGGGGCGGGCCCUGUCCCCACACCCUAUAAGUGCCACCACCGGCGGGUGACAACGCAGAGGACACCACUCCCCAGCAGGUUCUCGGAGGCCGACACCUUUGCAGGCUCUGCCAUGUCCCACGCGUCCACAGCAGCCCCCAGAGGCAGCGCCGGGAGCCCCCGGAGGUGCCAGGACCAUGCCCAGCGCCGUGAGCACCCGCUGGGUGUCACCGUGGGGGAGACCUCGGGGGACAGCGGCCCCGUGACGUCCGUCAUUGACCCCGACAUGGAGGCCUUGUUCGACGAGUUCCUGGGGAAAGUGAGAUUCGAUGAGGGGAUGACGACGACCACCUCGGUGGUCUCGGGGACGGCGCAGCCCUACCACUACACGGUGCGGGACACGGAGCACAAGGCGCUGUGCCUGCAGGGGGGGCGCCUGGUGGCCACCAGCCUGCAGGGUGCCAACGCCGCCCAGGAAGAAGCCAUCAGCGUGGUCCCCAACCGGCACCUGGAGCGCCGGCGCUGCCCCCUCAUCGUGGGCAUCCGCGGGGGCAGCCAGGCCCUGUCCUGCGGCACCGGCCAGCCCCAGCUGCGGCUGGAGGAGGUGGGGGUGCUGGACCUGUUCCACGCGGAGGACCACGCCAUGCCCUACACCUUCUACAAGACGUUCGGGGGCUCCACGCACACCUUCGAGGCCGCUGCCUUCCCCGGGCACUUCCUCAGCACCACCCCGCGGCCCGGCGAGGCGCUGGGCCUGGCCCCCCCGGCCGCCCAGGACGCCAUCACCUCCUUCUACCUGCACCGCAAGUGA